AUGCACGUUGCUAUUGCUGGGGCCGGGAUUGCGGGUCUCGGCCUUGCUCUGCUGUUGCAGCAAAAAUCAAUCCCAUGCGUCGUCUAUGAACUACGAGCCAGCACUGCCACGACGACGGGCGCGUUGAUGCUCGCGCCAAACGCAAUGCGCAUCCUGGAGGAGAUUGGCUUGCUGGCCCGAAUCCAAAAGCAAGGCCACAGCUUCGACACGAUCUUUUUCAAGGACAGCGCAGGGCAGACAACCGACCAGUUCCUGAUGGGCAGCAUCCCCCGUUACGGCUACCAUGCCAUGAGGAUCCACCGGCACACGGUCAUAUCGCGCGCCCUGGAGGAGAAUCAAGACGGCGUGACGUUCCAGUUUGCCGACGGCUCGACGGACCAUGCAAGCGUGCUAAUUGGGGCCGACGGAAUUCAUUCUUAUAUCCGGGGCUACGUUUGCCUUGGCUACAGCCCGGUCUACUCUGGCCAGAUCGCAUUGAGCGCGGUGACGCAGCAAGGUUUACCAGAACGACUGGAGGAUCCUCGAUGCUCUCUUCCGGCCGUCUUCCACGGGAGAAAUGGCGCGUUGCUCAUGCUGCCACAGAGUUUUGACGGUUCGGAGGUGAUUGACAGGGCAGGAUGGACUCGCCUAGCUAAUGAUGGAGAAGAACUAUUCAAUCUGUGGAAGCAAGGCAUUGGGGAAUGGCAUGGUCUCGUACCGUCCGUACUGGAGAGUGUGCGCCACGACGCCAUCUCAAUAUGGCCGUACUAUGCUCUUCCUAGCAUUCCACGCUGGGUUUCCUCAGGCAAACGCGUCAUUCUCGUUGGGGAUGCGGCUCACGCCAUUGCGCCGACUGCAGGACAAGGAGCGUGUCAGGCCCUCGAAGAUGCCUUGACCUUGUCAGUUCUUUUCUCGAGUCUCUUUUUCCCUGUAGUAAUGGGACACGGCUUGGAUUUCUGGGAAAAGGUCCGCAGAGAGAGAGUCGAGAGGGUCAAGGCGCUGACUCUCCAACUGGGAAAUAAUAGGCUGCCACAAGAGGAGCGAGAGAAACUCCCAAGCGGUCAGUACUGGAAGUCAGGAGAACAGCCAGAUCGGUCCUGGUUGUAUAGAGUGCAUGUCGGAGAAGAGUUUUCUAGGCUAUACGCCAAUCACGAUGCAUCAGUAGCAUAG